AUGCUAUAUUUAAUUAGGAACUUGGGAAGGGGUGUCAUCCGCGACCUUCGAAAUCGCUGGCCACACUACCGCUCUGACUUUGCCGAUGCCUACGACUACAGAGUUAUACCUUCUACAAUCUACAUAUUCUUCACCAACUUACUUCCUGCCAUUGCUUUUGCUCAGGACAUGUUUGACCGGACAGAUAAUCUGUAUGGUGUGAAUGAAGUGCUUUUGAGCUCGGCUUUGGCUGGAGUUGUUUUCGGUCUUCUUGCGGGGCAGCCUCUUUGCAUAGUUGGAGUCACUGGUCCCGUAGCUAUCUUCAGUUACACAGUGUAUGAAUUAAUGCAACCCCGAGGCACACCAUAUUUUCCCUUCAUGUGCUGGAUAUACUUGUGGCUGAUGGUGAUGCAUGUGGUUGUAGCAAUGUUGAACUGGGUUUCUUUCCUCCGCAUCAUUUCGAACUUCUCAUGCGAGGUGUUUGGCUUCUUUAUUUGUAUCGUGUACUGUCAAAAAGCGGUUCUGAUUCUUGACAGGCAGUUCUCGGAUAUGGGGGUGGCUUCAGGGUUUUGUUCCGUCACGAUUGCUUUGCUCAUGGUGGUUUUUGGCUUGGGUUCUUCCGUUUUUGGCUCCCAACUUCACUACUUCAAGCCGUGGGUCCGCAAAAUCUUUGUGGAUUACGGUGUACCACUAUCAGUGAUUUUCUUUUCUGGCUUCAUUCAUUUUGGCGGAUACCUAGACGAUGUUAAGUUUGCACAUUUACCAACGACGAAAGCAUUUCAGCCUACCGCACAUGGCUCAGAAAGACCACACGGUUGGUUUAUACACUUUUGGCCCAAAGAAAACAUUGAUGUUAGUGAUGUCUUUCUAGCUAUUCCCUAUGCUAUUUUGUUGACUUUUCUAUUCUACUUUGAUCAUAAUGUGUCGUCGCUUAUGUGCCAGCUGAGGGAAUACCCAUUGAAAAAACCCGCAUCUUUCCAUUGGGACUUUUUGCUCUUGGGUAUAACAACUGGCAUCUCGGGCAUAAUGGGAAUUCCAGCACCAAACGGUUUAAUUCCCCAGGCUCCCUUGCAUACAUCCUCGUUAGUAGUGCACGAUUUGUCUACAGGCAAACCACUCUCUGUUGUCGAACAGAGAUUAACCAACACUUUGCAAGGCGCAAUGACUUUCGUCAUGAUGUCAGGGCCUUUUUUGACCGUUCUUGGUCUCAUUCCCCAGGCUGUUCUUGCUGGACUUUUCCUUAUCAUGGGAAUUGGUGGUUUGCAUGUUGGUCCAGUGGUGAACAAGAUUAGAUUCAUUUUCCUUGACAAGGACUACAUCAUACAUGACCCCGAAUGCCCGCAAUUGUGGAAAGAUUUAAAUGCCAUUCCGUCGCUGAAGAAAAAAUGGUUCUACUUAUAUCUUGGUUUGCAGGUGAUUGCGGGCUUAGCAGAGUUUAUCAUCACUUUAACUAAAGGUGCUGUUGGCUUCCCAGGAGUGCUCAUGUUCUUUGCGCUUUGUGCAAAAUGGGUGUGGCCUAAAAUCAUUCCGCCCGAAGAUCUUGAAUAUCUCGAUGGUGCUGUGGCGGAAGAAUUCAUUGUAAAAAGUUUGGAGGUUCCUAAACUUCGACCAGAAAAGCAGCGCGAUUCUGAGAUGGAUAUGAUUUCUUUUUCGACCGAUCCAAGAGAGCAGUAA